AAACUUCGCUUUUUGUUUUUUUUGAAGCCCCAUGUAUAGUAUGAUUGACGUAUUCGAGUAUCUUGAAUUCAGACCCAUCUCUCGCCUUUGACUGCGUAUUGACCAAAGAUUCCUGAACAAUUAGCAAAACAGUAAUAGCAAUGAUCUUGUUCUGGUGGAACUGGUUUUAUUGUGCCUGUUGAUGUUAGUUCUGUUGAUUGGAACAACUGGAAAAAAACUUGUCAAGUUGUCAGCUCUUCCUGCCUUGUGAGAGGAAGUGCAUUUAGGAAGGGUUUGACAUUGGUUAACUUAGGGUGUAUAAUGCAGACGGUUUAAUUGAACAAAUAGUGCUCUGUGCUUGGCUAAACAUCUACCUCUUCAUGAAGCCUGCUCCUUGGUUGCAUUCUUCACAGAGACGAAGAAUCCAUUAGCACCUGCACUGAAUAUGGUAUGGAGGCCAGGAAGGGUGGGUGGGUGGGAUAAUGGCUACAGUAUCUUUGGGUUUACAGGUAUCUUUUGCAGGUCUUCCCAUGGUGGAAUAAAAAAUCCAGGUGAUUUUGGAGUUGACUAACUCCGUCAGCUUCCUUGGGUUUAAUGUUUUUAGCCUUUUAAUUGGGAUGCUGAUAAAUUUAAACCACCGAAUCAGUCUGUACUGAUGCUUAUCAGCUCUUGGACUGUCAGCUGUUGGAAUGUCUGAUCGUCAGUGUGGAGACUGAGUUUUGGAUACAGCAGGACAAGAAGAAUUUGGAGCCAUGCGAGAACAGUAUAUGAGGACUGGGGAGGGCUUCCUGUUGGUCUUUUCUGUCACAGACAGAGGCAGUUUUGAAGAAAUCUAUAAAUUUCAAAGACAGAUCCUCAGAGUAAAGGAUCGUGAUGAGUUUCCAAUGAUUUUAAUUGGCAAUAAAGCAGAUCUGGAUCAUCAAAGACAGGUCACACAGGAAGAAGGACAGCAGUUAGCGCGGCAGCUUAAGGUAACAUAUAUGGAAGCCUCAGCAAAGAUUAGAAUGAAUGUAGAUCAAGCUUUCCAUGAACUUGUUCGGGUUAUAAGGAAAUUUCAAGAGCAAGAAUGUCCUCCUUCACCUGAACCCACUCGGAAAGAAAAAGACAAGAAAGGCUGCCAUUGUGUCAUUUUUUAAGAAUCCCUUGAGUUGUAGCUACCGACUGCCAGGAAAAGCCCUCCACUUCCUUCCUUACAGUUUACAUCGUGCUGGUACAUCUCUAGCCUUAGACAAGUGAUCACCAUGUUAGCCUUAGACCACGAAGCUGGCUAAUCCUUCCGUGAAGCUCACACAAUGGUCAUUUCCAGACAGAGUUAAAGGAAACACUAAGGCUGCUCCAAAGAGUAUCUGAUUCUUUUACGAUAUGUGUCUACAGACAUGGUUUCUUUAAGGGCUUAGAUUUUAAUAGAUAAAUCAGUUUUGGAACUAAGCUGUUUGCCAAGCAGAAGUCAUAGGUUGUAAAAUAAUUUUUAACUUCUGGAAUCAUUGCCUACUGUUAUUCUAAAUAGAAAUACAAGGAGGUUUUGUUUUUAAAUGUGAAUCUUUGCCUAUCAAAUUUUGAUGUCAACCUUCGUUAACCUUAAAUACACUGAAUUGAAUCUACAAAAGUGAGACAUCUCAGACAUUUACUGAUGCUACAGCUUUUGUUUUCCAGCCGCCAAAAUACCUGAAUGCCUCUUAUAUUUAUGGAUUAAAAACUGCUUAGAGAUCCUUUGUUACUACUUUCACUCUUGAAGAUAAAUAAUACUCUGUGUGGACAAGCUUUUGGACUCAUUUUGGACCCAAACAUUUCAGUGUACUUGGUUUUUUAAUUUAACUCUUCUCAGCUGUGUUAAGGGUAAAAAUGAGUAAUUUCUGUCUCCUUUUCAAGGUUUUCUGGUUAAGGGAUUCAAAAAAACUAAAACCAUUUUUGUUUGAUGUAAUAUAAAAUACGGAAUUGAUCUUUCCAGGGUCAGAGAUGAUUAAUGUUUUUGCUAUAUACUUUUAUACAUUAUUUUCUUAUCAAACUAGUUAACAAGUAUUUUUAUAUGUUUGUAAGCAAAUAUGCUUUCACAGCAUAUCUUGUGUAUAUGUAAAGAUAAGUAUUUAAUUCUCACUGUUCACUUUUACAAAGGACAAAGAAAAAAGGAAACUACAACUGUGGUAGGACUUCUGCUGCUGGUCUGGUUCUGCUUCGAGCCACAUCUGGCCAGCCACACACCUGCUGAAGCGACCUUCCCGAUACGGCAGGAUGAGACUCAGAAAUCACUCUCGAUAUCCCUACUAGAUAUUGACUGUUAUCUCAAGUAUUAAGUGUAAAACAUUUAAUUGACAAUUAGUCUGUGGAUGGGUUCUGAUUUUGUUUCUGAUUUUGUGGAUUGUGUUUAAACAAUUCAAAAGUAUGUUCCUGACUUUGAGAUACUAAGUGGUAUUGCACAGUUGUCACUUUAUUGAAUGUGUACAACAGUCCUAUGAAGUUUAUAAAGCAUACCCUUGUAUAGCUUCAGGUGCUAGAAUUAAAACUGAUCUGUUAUCAUGA